UAAACAAUAUGGCGGAAAAAGUUCAUGUUCAAAAGUGUUCUUCGGAGGGCGAUUUGGAGAAUUAUGUCUGUUCUCUUAUAGAAGAAAGAGCURCUACAGCUAUCCAAAGUAAUGGUGUAUUUACUGUAGCAUUUUCAGGUGGAAGCGGUGCGAAAAUCAUUUGCAAAGGACUAUYAGGRAGAAAAGUUGAUWUGUCAAAAUGGAGAAUAUUAUUCUGUGAUGAGCGCUAUGUAGAGCUCACCCAUCCAGACAGCAACUACAGUAUUGUGAAGGAGCAUCUUCUGGAUAAAAGUAGUACACAUCCUGAUCGUGUUCUCGCCAUUAAUUCAUCUGUUCCUCUCGAAGAAGCUGCAAAAGAAUACGAGGCAAAGUUGARAGAACUUUACCCCUCCCAGGUGGGUGUACCUCAGUUGGACCUACUCCUACUUGGAAUGGGGCCUGAUGGGCAUACUUGCUCAUUGUUCCCAGGUCAUGCUUUACUUAAAGAAUCCAAUCAACUAGUGGCACCCAUAUCAGACUCACCCAAGCCUCCACCCUGCCGUAUAACCCUAACCUUCCCAGUGAUCAAUGCUGCACACUGUGCUGCCUUUGUUGCUACUGGAGCCAGUAAAGCAGAAGUAGUGAAAAGAGUUCUGGAGGGAAAUGUAGAAGAUCCAUUACCAGCAGCAAGAGUGAAGUUAACUGAUGGUGAAAUGUAUUGGUUUUUGGAUGAGGGAUCAGCUGGUUUACUUACAAAAUAGAGACAAAAAUUGAGUUCAUAUAGUCAGGGAGUCAGUACACUGAUAGUACUUAGUCUAGCCUGCAUAGCGCCCUUUUGGGAGGACCUCUAUGCAGGCUAUACUUAAUCAACAUUACAUUGUAAACAACAUAAGUGUUUAUUGGCCUGAACUAUUUAAUUUUUAUAUUAUUUGUUUGUUACCUUUCCCAGUGCAUUUACAGUUGACUCUAGUUAUAACAGGCAACUUCAGAUCUUUGACAUGCAAAAAGAAUCUGAAUGCUAAAUGCUGAGGCAGUCCUCAUAGCACCUUAUCUUGUAUAAUCAAUAGUACAUGUCUUGAGUAAAGACUUCAAGACAUAUUAUUUUAGGAAUGUUUUUGGAGUGGGCAUCAGUUGGAUCCUGAUAUCAGUAGUCCAUCUCAAAAUUAUACUUUGCCAUAUGCCUUCCAAAUUUACCACAGUAUAAUAAUGAGACAUGAACUACCAGGUAUUUGGUUGAAUAAUAAUGUGAAAAGGAAAAUAAGUUGUUAGAAUUCCUGGAAAAUCUCCAUUUUAUUGUAUUCUAGUAUCAUUUAACUGAAAGAUUGAUUACACAUAACAUAAUAAUAAUUCUACAAAUCAUAAUUAUUACAAGUUCCCACAAACAUUACUAAAAAAAAUAUGUGGCUAAAUAAAAUUUUGAGGAGGAGGUUACACUGCACUCCUAACAUUUAAAA